AUGCCCUAUAAAGGUUUACACGUUGUGCUGAAGAAAUGGGAAACAUUGGUAGAUUGGACGGUGAAAACACCGAACUCGGUGUUGGCAGGAGUCAGGCGUCUCACUAUGGACAUAUGGCCGGAAAAUGAUUCCAACAUCGCCACCAAAUGGCCGACUAUAAUUCACUUUCUCGGUUCACUUACCAAUCUGGAGAAACUCAACCUGAUCCGAACUCCUCUCUGUCGACAUGUGCGACCACGUCGCGGACCCACUUUGGAAGAACUGCGUUCUCCAGGCUACAUGGUUCUUUCGAAAAUCAGGUCAUUCGCGAUCUCCGAUCACUGUGACGAUUGCCAAGACGAACUGCUCUACCUUUUUCUACCAAUCAUGCCAUCGGUCAAACACUUGAAAGCUUCAGGUCGCUUUCCCGAUGGACAAUUGAUGACAAACGAACAGGAACUUCGCUUGAGUGUCCCAAAUCACGUCACGACGUUCUUUUGGAAGAUGUGCGGCCUAUGCGAUCUUUUAUUAGACCCCGAGACUCGGUUCUCCAGCAUUGAGGUCUUCCUUCCUGACUUGAGCAGUCUUAUGGUGUCUCACUAUGAUUUUGAAGAGAACAAUGGGUGUCAUCUGCGAGCUCGGCCCUCUACCGGCAUAGAAGACCAGUGGGAUAUUGAGUUCAGCUAUUUCGGUGGGUUCUGCCCGGCAUUUGUCACUUUCGUAAAGCCAUCGGAAGAUGGUCAUUGGUUUGAUCUCAUCGACGACCCAGACGGUCCUGUGUUUACGAACAAGAUUGAGCUGGAUACAGUCAGCUACGAGGCUAAAGUCCAUUCUGCUAUGUCGGCUGGCGCGAGACUGUUUUUCACCCAUAUUCCGAGCUUACAGACCGGAUACUUCUGGGAGCCUUACGGAGAGUUCGAUUCAAGAGACUACUUACAGUUGAAAGGCUGCUAUAGAUGGGAAUAUCGCCGGGUGACUCACGAGGAUGGCGCGUGGGAUGUGGAAGUGCUAGCUACACCGGAGCUUCUCACCUUGGAAUUCAUGGCGAACACGGACGGUGACAAUGUAUUUGAUACUGAAGAUUUGUAA